AUGAAGAGAACGAUGGAUGGAGCGAAGAAGAAUGCAGAAGAUCUCGUGGCCCAGCAUAUUCUUCCCAACUGCCCGUACCAUCUCUCGUUGUACCACAACCGCCAGUACCCCAAGGCUGAGGAGUGGUGGUUUAACGGCCCCAGCGCCCGCCUGCAGUACCAGACCUUCUCGUCCGAUGCCGAGCGUGGGUUUUUGUAUAUUGUACCGCCGUGGGUCAUUGUCGAGGAGGAGCAGGCCGCUCAGAUGCCGCCCAGACCGGUCCCCAAGACGGGCGAGAGGAAGAAGAUAACGCUUUCCGAGGCGUUGAAGAGGAAGCAGUCCCCCAUGUCGCCCAUGGGGAAUAAUAAUAGUAGUGAGACGCCGGUUAGAUCGGACAGCCGGGUGGCGAAUGGGAGUGGUGCUCACAAGCCGCCACCACCGCCGCCAUCGAGGGAGAGGGAGAGGGAGAGGGAGAGGGAGGUUGUGGUGAAGAAGGAGAGUUUGAAGCCAGUGGAGAGGUCGGAUGCGCGUCGGGUGGUUUCCAAGACAGAUUCCCGGCCACGGUCGCAGCCCGAACCCGAGAGCAGAAAACGUGUCGCGGAUACUGAAUCGAGCUUGCCCCCACAAAAGCGACCCAGGAGCGAGCAGGUCAGCGCCUCGAAGCUGGACCGCGAAUAUGGCCGGCAGCCAAAACCGGAACCACCACGGGGUCGCGACAGAGGGGCCCCUGAGAGAACACAAAGAGAGCGAGACACAAAGAAUGAUUCACUGCGUCCGACCACGAAUGGCUUGGCGCCUGCGUCGACGGACAGGGACAGAGAAAAUACUGCGUCUCCGAGAUCAACAAUACAAGUUAAUGGGUCGAGAGUCCGGCCAGAUAGCGGCAGGUCCACUCCUCGAAAAGGAGAAGGGUUGACGAAGUCGCUGUUGCCCGAGCUAUUAUCACCACUUCACCCAAGUCUGGAGGCCGAGCUCGAGGAGCACAGGCCGAGGAGAAAGCUGGCGGACAAGGCGCCACCGCGAUCACAAAAGGCGGACGGGGGCCCGCCACCGGCGAAGAAGAGGAAACCUCCUGUGCUGCCGGAGCUUUUGUCGCCGACGCUGCCCGCGAUUGUGGAGGAGGCUUUGAUACAGAGCAACCAGACGCCGGCCAGAAAUCAGUCGGGGAGUCAGUCAGAAUCGUCUCCUAGCAGCGCAAGAAAGACCAUCAUUGCGGCCCCGUUGAUAUCACUCCCCCCACCGGCAGAGGAGAAGCCGCCCCCGCGACCCAGCAGGAUCGUGACCCUGAAGCUGAAGAAGGCCAACGCCAAGCGAGCCAAGGACUUGUUGAGUCUGCCGUCGAAAUCGGCAAAGGACGCCCUCAAGAAGGAGCGGUCGAUCAGUGUGGAAGCAACGCCGCCGCCAGCGAGAAAACGGCCUCGGCCGGCGGAUGAGAUUGAGCAACCCCCCGCUCCUCCGCCGGUCAUACCACCCAAGUCCCGGGGUGUCAAGGCGGAGCUCAUGAAGAAUAACCAUAACAGUCCGUCGACUCCGUUGAGGGUGCCGCCGCAGGGUGGUAGUGCUUCCCAACCUACACCCCUCCGUCCCAACUCGACAACCCCGUUGAAACACAGCAUCACGGCGGCAGUGUCUGGGAGUGCCGAGGCGGUCAUUGCUGCUGCACGCCCCCCCACGAGGGAUGUCGCACCCCUCGACCCGAAAACAAUCGAAAAGUCGGAGCACCACCGGAAAAUCCACCAGGAGCUUGUGGCUUUGGGGACAAAGAUCAAGCACACGCGGGAUGACCUUUCCAAGUCUAGUCAUGGAAACCCCUCCCCCGCAGAAGAGAAACGGCUCUCUGCCCUCCACCUCGAGAUGGUCCUAACAUAUUUCCUCGCCUUUUACAACCUGAAUUUGUCGAGGACGUUGGCGGGGAAGUCGGGGGAUAUCCAGAUGUGGGAGUCGCUGCUGCCGCAUAUUGCAGAAUUGAGGGGGAGACAGGGGGUGAGGCAGAGUAGGUGUUUGAAGGCGUUGGCUUGCCAGCUGCAUGCGAGUUGUUUGGAUCAGAUUGUGCACGCGUAUUUCAUGCUUGAUGAGGGGAGCGCGGGGGUGUGGUUUAGGCGGGUUGGCGGGGUGGUGCAGAAGGGGGGAGGAUGUGGGCUGAGGCGGAGGGGUUGGUUAGUUUGGUGGGGGAGGCACGGGGUUGAGGAUGAGGGGGGGUUAUGGGGAUGGGGGUUGAGGAGGUUGUUAGGGAGGCGUUGGUGGUUAUGA